CUCGCACACUCGCACACACACACACACACUCGCACACACACACGCGCGCCACUGAUAAAUUGUAAAGCAACAAUAAACAAGAAAAAAUAAAAGUCCAAUUAGACCAACAAAACAAACACCAAUACGAAACGAGUCAGUGAAAUGCAAAUUUAAAAUGAAUGACGACCAAAUCGCGAAUGCCAAAAAUGCGCACGCCACAAUCGAACAGCUGAUUAAUCGGGCGCCAACGCCAACGCCAGCAGCGCUGCAGCCUGUUGCUGCCGCCACCGACGCAGCCGCCGACGCAGUCGCCGACGCCACCGCGAACAUGGCCAGCGUGCGUUUACCCAUUGUGGGCAUGACCUGCCAGUCGUGCGUGCGCAACAUUGAGUCCCAUAUGGGCCAGCAGCCAGGCGUGAUCAAGGCGCGUGUCCAGCUGUCGGAGAACGCCGGCUACUUUGACUACGUGCCCAGCCAGAUGGAUGCCGGCCGCAUUGCCAACCUGAUCGAUGAGAUGGGCUUCGAGUGCAGCUAUCAGCCGGAAAUAAGCCCGGCCAGCGCUAGCGCCCAAUUGCGCAUCCUGGGCAUGACGUGCCAGUCGUGUGUGCGCAACAUUGAGGCUCAUGUGUCCAGCAAGCCGGGCGUCCACCACAUCGAGGUGCAGCUGGCCGAGAAGAGCGCUCGCGUCCAGUACGAUCCCGAUCAGCUGACGGCGGCGAGCAUUGCUGAAAUUAUCGAUGACAUGGGCUUUGAGGCGAGCGUGGCCAAUGAUCUGAAUGCCACAGCGCCUGUGUCCACGCCCACGCCCACGUCCACACCCAAAUCUACGCCCACACCGAAGCGAACGGCAACGCCGAGGCAUUCACCUGGCAAGCAACUGUCGACAGGCACAACAAACGGUGCUGCCACCUUGGUGCCCGUGGAGCAGGAGCUGCUCACGAAAUGCUUUCUCCAUAUACGGGGCAUGACCUGCGCCAGCUGUGUGGCGGCCAUUGAGAAGCACUGCAGAAAGAUCUAUGGGCUGGAUAGCAUAUUGGUGGCAUUGCUCGCCGCCAAGGCGGAGGUCAAGUACAAUGCGAAUGUUCUCACCGCCGAGAAUAUUGCCAAAACAAUAACCGAGCUCGGCUUUCCCACGGAGCUCAUCGAUGAGCCCGACAACGGUGAGGCCGAGGUGGAGCUGGAAAUAUCGGGCAUGACCUGUGCCUCCUGUGUCAACAAGAUCGAGACUCACGUGCUCAAGCUGCGCGGCGUUACGGCCGCUUCGGUCACGCUGCUAACAAAACGCGGCAAAUUCCGAUACAUCACCGAUGACACGGGACCCCGGAGCAUCUGCGAGGCCAUCGAGGCGCUCGGCUUCCAGGCGAAGCUGCUCAGUGGCCGGGACAAGAUGGCGCACAAUUAUCUGGAGCACAAGGAGGAGAUACGAAAGUGGCGAAACGCGUUCCUCAUCUCGCUGAUCUUUGGCGGGCCGUGCAUGGUCGCCAUGAUCUACUUUAUGCUGGAGAUGAGCGACAAGGGGCACGCGAACAUGUGCUGCCUGGUGCCGGGCCUCUCCAUGGAGAACUUGGUCAUGUUUCUGCUCUCGACGCCGGUGCAAUUCUUUGGCGGCUAUCACUUCUAUGUGCAAUCGUAUCGCGCCAUCAAGCACGGCACCACCAACAUGGAUGUGCUCAUCUCAAUGGUGACGACCAUCUCCUAUGUGUACUCCGUGGCGGUGGUCAUUGCCGCCGUGCUCAUGGAACAGAAUAGCUCGCCGCUCACAUUUUUCGAUACGCCGCCGAUGCUGCUGAUCUUCAUCUCGCUGGGCCGCUGGCUGGAGCACAUAGCCAAGGGUAAGACGUCGGAGGCGCUAUCCAAGCUGUUGUCCCUGAAGGCAGCCGAUGCGCUGCUUGUGGAGAUCUCGCCGGACUUUGACAUUUCCAGCGAGAAGACGAUCUCUGUCGAUUAUGUGCAGCGCGGCGAUGUGCUCAAGGUUAUACCCGGCGCCAAGGUGCCCGUCGACGGCAAGGUGCUCUAUGGCCAUUCCAGCUGUGAUGAGUCCCUCAUCACCGGCGAAUCGAUGCCGGUGGCCAAGCGGAAGGGUGCCGUUGUCAUCGGUGGCUCAAUCAAUCGGAACGGUAUGCUGCUCGUGGAGGCCACGCAUACCGGCGAGAACACAACGCUGGCCCAGAUUGUCCGGCUCGUCGAGGAGGCACAAACAUCGAAGGCGCCCAUCCAACAGCUGGCGGAUCGCAUUGCCGGCUACUUUGUGCCCUUCGUGGUGGCCAUAUCGAGCGUUACGCUCAUUGGCUGGAUCAUUGCCGGCUUUGUCAAUCCCGAUCUGGUGCCAGUGGCCAUGGAGCACAAGAUGCAUAUGGAUCGCAAUACAAUUGUGAUCAGUUAUGCGUUCAAGUGUGCGCUCAGCGUUCUGGCGAUUGCCUGUCCCUGUGCCUUGGGCCUGGCCACGCCCACCGCUGUCAUGGUUGCCACCGGCACCGGCGCCACAAAUGGCGUCCUGGUGAAAGGUGCCACCGCCCUGGAAAAUGCCCACAAGGUCAAGACUGUGGUCUUCGACAAGACGGGCACCAUCACACAUGGCACACCCAUGACCAGCCGGGUGACGCUCUUUGUGCCGCCCCAGGUAUGCAGUUUGGCCCGUGCCUUGACCAUCAUUGGCGCCGCCGAGCAGAACAGCGAACAUCCCAUUGCCUCGGCGAUUGUGCACUUCGCAAAGGAGAUGCUAAACGUGCAGAUUAGCUUUGGCAAGAGCUCGAACUUUCAGUCGGUGCCCGGAUGCGGAAUACGCGCCACCGUCUCCAACUAUGAGCAGGCGCUGCGGCAGGCCUGCAAUGCGGAGCGGAUCAUCAACUAUGAGAAUCUGUGGCGCACCCAUCCGCACAGCGAGAUCGCUGUGGACAACGGUGCCAGCAUUGACCAGCUCCAGCUGCAGCACAAGUUCGUGGAACAGCAGCAGCUGCUGGCUCUGGACGGCGCACUCGAUCUGGAGCAGCAGCUGAGGCAGCAACAGCACCCGCCACAGGAUCAACCGCCCCUGAUCGACGGACCCGAAAUCCAUGUUCUGAUCGGCAAUCGCGAAUGGAUGCAGCGCAAUGCCAUCGAGGUGCCGCUGGAGAUCAGCGAUUGCAUGACCCGCGAGGAGCACAAGGGACACACCGCUGUCCUCUGCGCCCUGAACGGUCAGCUGGUCUGCAUGUUCGCCGUCGCCGACAUGGUCAAGCCGGAGGCCCAUCUGGCCGUCUAUACGCUCAAGCGCAUGGGCAUCGAUGUGGUUCUCCUGACCGGCGACAACAAGAACACAGCGGCGAGCAUAGCCCGUGAGGUGGGCAUACGCACCGUCUAUGCGGAGGUGCUGCCUUCACACAAGGUGGCAAAAAUCCAGCGGAUACAGCAGCGCGGCGUGCGGGUCGCCAUGGUGGGCGACGGCGUCAACGACAGCCCCGCCUUGGCGCAGGCCGAUGUGGGCAUAACGAUUGCCGCCGGAACAGAUGUGGCCGCCGAGGCGGCGGACAUUGUGCUGAUGCGCAACGAUCUGUUGGAUGUGGUCGCCUGCCUGGAUCUGUCCCGCUGCACGGUGCGUCGCAUACGCUACAAUUUCCUGUUCGCCAGCAUGUACAAUCUGUUGGGUAUACCGCUUGCCAGCGGUCUGUUUGCCCCAUUCGGUUUCACACUGCAGCCCUGGAUGGCAUCGGUCGCCAUGGCGGCCAGUUCGGUUAGCGUCGUCUGCUCCUCCCUGCUGCUCAAGAUGUAUCGCAAGCCGACGGCGAAAACGUUGCGCACCGCCGAAUACGAGGCUCAGCUGGCGGCGGAGCGUGCCAGACGCUAUGGCUCCUCCGAAACGGAGCUGGACAAAUUGUCGCUGCAUCGCGGCCUCGACGAUCUGCCCGAGCUGAUGAAUGGCAAACGGAUGGCCGCAUUUAAGCGCUCCAAUACGUCGCUCAUCUCGCGCAUCUUUAGCGCCAAUACCAAUGGCAAUGGCAACGGCAAGCACGAGGAGGGCCUGCUCCAGGAUGCCAACGAGCGGACGCCAAGGAUUCUGCAGUCCCGCUAUCUGGGCGACACCACCGAGCUGCAAAAGCUCUGAAGCGACCACAAUGAAAGAGCACUGCAUAUAUGUCCAUAUAUAAAUAUAACAUAUAGAAAUCCUUAACUAUAAAU